GGAAAGACUACCGGGGACGGAGAGGAGGAGAGACGGGGACAGGGAGGUGGAGAGACUACCGGGGACGGAGAGGAGAAACUACCGGGGACAUAGUGGUGACAGGACCGGGGACAGACCGGGUAUAUUCAGCGUCCCUCGGUGGUGAACUCCUCCCCGGGACGUGCACUUUGAGCGGGGCUUAGUUCCAGCGGAGCGUCGGCGGGACUCGACCCGGCUGCGGAGCGUCAUGGACGGGACGACCUCGGAGGCAGCGACGCUGAGAUGGAGCAGGAGCCGCUAGAGCUGAUCUGAAUCUCACUUCACUGCACGAUCCGGAGUCACAUCUGGAUUCUACUGGAUUCCACUGAGCAGCUUGUGUCAAUAGGUGAAGAAACAACAUGUACGCAGGGAGGAAGAGAAGGAAACCUGCUCAGAAGGGUGUUCCCUUCGUAACCAGAGCCAAGCCGACCCCGGCUGAAGGGGCCAAGUCCAACCCGUCCAAACGCCACCGUGACCGUCUGAACUCGGAGCUGGACCGGCUCGCCGGCCUGCUGCCGUUCCCCGAGGACGUCAUAUCCAGCCUGGACAAGCUGUCCAUCCUGAGGCUCAGCGUCAGCUUCCUCCGCACCAAGAACUUCUUCUCAGUGGCGCUGAAGAGCCAGCUGUCCAAUGGCACGAACAAGCGCAGCGAUCAACACAGCGACGGCAAGACGCCGGGUUCUGCUGACAGACACGUACCUGAGGGGGAGCUGCUGCUGCAGGCCCUGAACGGCUUCGUGCUGGUGGUGACGGCCGAGGGAACCGUCUUCUUCUGCUCUCACACCAUCCAGGACUACCUGGGUUUCCAUCAGACCGACGUGAUGCAUCAGAGUGUGUUUGAGCUGAUUCACACUGAAGACCAGCAGGAGUUCAGGAGGAACCUGCACUGGGCCCUCGACCCCCCCGUGGGCCCCAGACCCCCCACAGAUCCCUCUACAGAUGGGGAGUCGGAGUCGACCUCUCCUUGCCUCGUGAGCUACAACCCCGACCAGCUUCCACCUGAGAACUCUUCCUUUCUGGAGAGAGGCUUCAUCUGCCGCUUCCGCUGUUUGCUGGACAACUCCUCCGGCUUCCUGGCGCUGAACAUCCAGGGUCGGUUGAAGUUCCUCCUCGGUCAGAGCCGUCAGCAGAGUGACAGCGAGGACGGCACGCCGCCUCAGCUUGCUCUCUUCGCCAUCGCCACGCCCAUCCAGCCUCCGGCCAUCCUGGAAAUCAGAACGAGGAACAUGAUCUUCAGGACCAAGCACAAGCUCGAUUUCACACCCAUGGCCUGCGACGCAAAGGGUAAAAUAGUCCUGGGAUACACCGAGGCGGAGCUGAGGGUUCGAGGCUCUGGUUACCAGUUCAUCCACGCUGCCGACAUGUUGUACUGUGCAGAAAACCACGUCAGAAUGAUAAAGACCGGAGAGAGCGGCCUCACCGUCUUCAGGCUGCUCACCAAGGAGAACCGGUGGACGUGGGUCCAGGCCAACGCCCGGCUCGUCUACAAGAACGGAAAGCCGGACUACAUCAUCGCCACCCAGAGGCCUUUGGUGGAUGAGGAAGGAGGGGAACACCUGAGGAAGCGAUCUAUGCACCUUCCUUUUACCUUCGCCACCGGGGAGGCGCUGCUCUACCAGACCGGGCAUCCGCUGCACGGCUUCCCUGAUUCCUUCCAGGGCAAAGCCAAAGGCAGCAAGUCCAAAAAGGGCAAAGUGGACAAGAGCUCUGCAGAUGAGCUGGACCCAAAGUCCCUGCUGGGAGCUCUGAUGAGCCAGGACGAGUCUGUGUACGUCUGCCAACCCGACACAGAGACGAAAAUGUCCUAUCAGAGCAGCCUUACUGGGGAGCAGCAGAGCCAGACUGAUGGUUUCAGUGGCUUAUUUGGUGCUGACAGCUGGCAAAUCGUAUCCAACGGGGAGACCGGAAGAUGCAACGGUAAAACACCCAGUUUUGACCCCCUGCUGGCCACCUUGGACUCCUUGUCUCUGGACGGGGACGAGACGUGCUCCAACAGCGAGCUCUUCAGCGCUCUGGAGAACCUGGGCCUGAACGCUGAAGACCUCGAGCUCCUGCUGCUGGACGAGAGGAUGAUGCAGGUGGAGCUGGACCCAAACCACAUCCCCUCCCUCAGCGACCUCCUCACCAACAAUGAAAUCCUCUCCUAUAUCCACGACUCCCUGGAGGGUGGCACAGAGGGAGGGGAACCGGGUGGAUUUGGACUUUUGGGCCAUCCGCCGAACACAGACUCCCAGCAGGAGUGUUCCACAGCUGCCGUCCCUCCAGCUCUCCCCGGCGGCAGGCAGCCCAUCGUCCAGCUCUCGCAACAGAUGCAGCAACACGUCCGUGCAGGUGAGCUGGGGAAAGGGCAGCCGGGACAGAUCCAGCCUCUGGACACCAACGUUUUACCCAACGGUCACUGGAUGGUCACGACAGAGAACCUCCAUCACCCCAACAACCACACCCACCACCACCCGCACACUGUGCUCAAAGCCUCACAGCUGAGCAGCGAUCACAAACACCUUCAUUCACUUCUGGGAUUGAGUCAACAGUGGCAGCUCCAACAAGACCAGUACUCGGUGCACCUCCAGUCCCACCAGCAGGAAAACAGCCAGAGCGCUUUGUUCCCUGGUUUCCACAACCAGCUGGGACUGAGCAGAUCUCACACCUCCAACGGACACGCAGCCUUCCCACCCAACAUGGAGGUGGAGCACUCAGGCUACAGCAUCUCCACCGCGCCGUAUACCGGUGGCACCGUCCUGAACAGUGUGAUCACGCAGGAUGUUUGGGCCCAACAGAAACACCAGCAGACUCAGGUUCCUCCAUCGUGUUUGUCCCAGUGUCCCAGUCAGAGCUCCUCGCUGGACCUAGAGCAGCUACUGGGUCUGUCCCAGCCGCAGCACAGCCUGCCGUCCCUCGAGGCCUACGGCAUGUUCAGCACCGGGGCAGAGGAUCGUGGCAAGCUGGAGAACGGCUGCCUCCUCAGUGCCACCAACGCAGCGUACAUCAAGACGUGUCUGAUGCCCAAUGGGAACGGAGGGGCCCCCGAUGACAUCCCUGUCUCGUGCCCCGAAGGACUCGCUGCUCUCCAGGACCCACAGAAGUCUGGAUUCUUCCUCUGAAGGGAGGAAGAGUCCGCGGAGGCGAGAGGAGAAGGUACAGAAGGAAAAAUAAACAAUAACGGAGAGAGAAAACGUUUCAACUCCUCUUCCAGAAAGGACUUUGUGUCACUUUCUCUUGUCUUGAGAUCGGACUCAAGCUCUACUCAGAGAACCGAGGUCCCGUAGAUAACCUAGAGACGGUUAUAACGAGGAAAGACAAACGAAGCUUUUCGUGAGUUGUGCGCUCACUGAACGUUGUGUGUCCACGUGUCAGGUGUGUGUUCUUUUAUCAGGAGUCAGACGACUCACCUGAACAUCAACCUCAAGCCAAAACUCAUCGUCCUCUCGUCUUUACACUGUGACUUUCAACAGAAGUGGUUCGUUUGUUGGUCAAAUAACUUGUUGACAAUCGGUUUUAGUGCCAUUUAAUAAGAUAGAAGCCACUGGACUAUUAAAAUAAAGCACACAACUGGAGAUUUAAACUUCACAGUAUCCUACAAGUGAGCAUUUGAAGCCGUGUUGUGUGUGUGUGUGUGUGUGUGUGUGUGUGUGUGUGUGUGUGUGUGUGUGAGUGUGAGAACAUGCUGCUUUCAUUAGUGUAUUUACUGCUCAACACGUCUGCUGGUAAUCUGUUUCUGCUAAUGCAGGAAUGUGAACGCUUCGUCUCGUAAUCCUGCUCCGUGUGUGACGUGGAGACGGCCGCGAGGUGUGGACUGAACACACCAGCAGAUUAUUUAAUGUGUUCGCUCGUCACCUAGAUGUAGAUGUUCGGCCUCGUGGGUGUUGUUCGUCCUGGUGCUUUACAUGUCGACAAAACAGCAUUUCAAUCCAGUGGUUUAUAUUGUUGAGAUGAGAUUUAAACAAAUUAUGAAAGGUUCGAACCAGAAGCAGUUUAACGGUGUUUUUUUUAUCGCUGCUGCUUCUUUAGCCGCGGCACCACGACAUUUAUCCUAAUGCUGCAUUUUAGCCCGUUUGAGGUUUACAAUGAUGUUGUGCACUUACAUGUAUGUUACAGACGUGAUCAGAGAGGAUCUGAUUUGUCCGUCAGUGGCGCUGAAAUCAAACAAAAGAGCAUUUUUUGUUUCCUGACCGGAGACAGUGUGAGAAUCUCCCGUUAAUGCCUUGUCUGGGCGGCCGCGGCCAGUCAGACUCCCGCUUCCUCUUCUCCUGCAGUCGUGUCGUGUGGGAAACCCUGAGUGCACUUACAUGCACGCAGUAAUCCAUUAAGGACCUAAAUGUAAAUAAUAGAUCACAACUGAAGGUGAGGGAGGAGGUGCGUGUCAGCGUUUCUCAAGAUUUGAUUUCUGUCAUCACACAAUUGUAAUUAUUAGUAAUAUUAUUAUCCCGUGAUUGAGAAAAUAUCUGCACUCAGAGGUAGGAAACAUUUGUACUGUUCUUAAUUUCAUAUCUGGCCAGUUUGUGCAUUUAUGUGGAAUCAGACCUAUUGUACUGACGGAUUAUCGUUAAUAGACAUCAGCAGAUGAGACUUUUCAACUUUAAUUCAAGCCACUGCCUCAAUCGUAGAAAACAGAAUCUGUCCUGCACAGUUUUGUGUCUUAUUUUUUCUUUGUGUUAAAACAUUUAAACAAACAAACUGAACAAUACGACAAAACCUGCAAUGAAAAGAAUCCUCCGCCGGACUCCCACAGCCGUCAGUGGGACAUGGAAACUCACGCUGCGUUCAUGUCAUGUCAGAUUUACUGUAAAUGAUUGAAAUUAUUAUUUAAUAAUUAUUAAUUAACACAUUUUCAGGACUCCCAGUUGUGUGUAGUCAUUUUUCCGUGUGAAAAAAACAUCUCACUUAACUCUAACAUCAUCGUGCAGGAGGAAAGUAAAAUUAAAACCUUAGAGCACAGUGUCCAAAAUCCAAUUUAAAAAUGAGUUGUGUGUAUUUUGAGUUGUGUUUGUCUGAUGUUUAACUCGUUACAUUUCCUCACGUCUGAUAUGACAUGAAUGUAGUUUCACUCCCAUUGGCCCCCCCCCCCGCCCCCCCAGCAGCCGGAGUGGUGACGACGGACUGGACAGCAUUUAGCACCGACUCCAAAAACCAAAUGAGAAACAUGUAAACACGCGUGUGUGUCUGCAGUUGCUCCUUCGUUGAAUGUCUCGGGUAAAAAAAAACUGUAAAGAUGUUUAAAACAUGAAGCUUUUAUUUCACUACGAAAAACAAACUGUCAAUCAAAGGUGUUCUGUCGUCAUGGCGGCGGCGGCGGCGGCCGAACGUCUCUACGACAAAACGACUUUACGCAUUUGCCUCUUGUCUGUUUUCCUCUGGUUGUUUUUGCUUUUCUUUUAUAAACGGAACUUUUAUUAUAAAACAGAUUAUUUAAAACCAGUUGUGAGAUCAAACGCUGUAUGAAAGGAACAUUUAUAAAGAGACGGUCAUUUUCCAGACGCUGAAAAAGAGAAGCUUGUGUGUGUGUAUAGACAGUAGGUGUUUUUUUUAUCGACGUUGUUUCAAGCACUACUUUGAAUUCACUGCUCUUACAAACGUCCUCCAGCACUGAAAGUAGUCUUGUAGAAAAAAAAAGAAGCAUUUUAUGACUCAGUGUUGAUUGAAUAUUGUUCCCGAGAGUCGCGUGUUUUAUCUUUACGUCAUGUUUAAAGACAGUUUGUCACUUUAGCUCAAAACAAAAUGGUGCCAUAACGGCGAGCUCCGACUCGCCAUCGUUCAGUAAAUGAAGAAUAUAUUUCAAAACACUUUACGUACAUGAACCUUCUUCUCUCCGUAUCUUUAGAAUCCACUCUGUCCACAGGUUACCUUCGAAAGUGAACGAAUCGCUUUAUAUUUAUGCCGUUAGUCAUUUCAUCAGAGUUGAAACUGAACUGAACUUUGAAACCAAACCCUCCAGUAGCUGUUCAAUGUUUUUAAAGGCACACAGACUUUAUUUUGCUACUUUUAUCACUGAAAGUCGUAGUCGUACGUAAACUGAACUUUUAAAAAAAGGGCGGUUUGUCUUGGAGCCAUGUGUUGAAAUGUGCUCCUGGGUCCUGGAAAUAAAGGAUUUGGUGCAAACA